AUGCAUGGUUUGUACAAAAGUGUGCCAGAAUUGAAUAUUCCAAAACUACAACCGUAUCAAGUAGAAUCUGGAAUUUAUACGUUUGAAAUAAGUGAAAUAACUGCUAAAAUAAAUGUUGAAAAUGUCAUACUUCAUGGACUAGAAAAACUUGUAUUUCAAUCGGUCAAACCAAAUCAUGGCAAUGACUAUUUUAGUUUGGAUUUUGUUUUUACAAUAUCAGAUGUUUUUGUUGAAGGUGAUUACAAAGCAUCUGGUGCACUUGGAUCAUACAGACAUUCAGGACAAGGAAAAUUUAAUAUAACUGUACAAGAUAUGGAAGCUAUGGUUCACUUGUAUGGUCCAGUUGACACGAAUGACAUUUGGUCCAUAGAAGAAUUUCAUUUUAAACCAGAAUUUGGUAACAUGAAAUUUUGGGCAUCAAAUAUAUUUAAAGGAAAUAAAGAUCUAACUGAAGCAAUGCUUAAUUUGAUAAAUUCAUACUGGCGUAAUUUUGUCGAUGGAAUGAUGCCAUUGGCCGAAAAAAAUUGGAACAAAUCAUUGGCUAAAAUAACGAAUGACGGCUUGAAAAAUAUUAAAUUUUCCGACAUUUUUCCAUGA